AUGCGAAGGACUUCUCGUUACGCGAAGGCAUUCCCAUUACGUGAAGGCCUUCCCGUUACGCGAAGGCCUUCCUGUUACGCAAAGGGCUUCCCAUUACGCGAAGGGCCUUCCGUUAAGUUUAGGAAAUUGGGUUGGAUGCUCCAAUAUACUUUAACUGGUGAGUGUUUUCCUAUUACAAAAUCUGCUGGAGAUGAGAUUUACUCUGGUUCUACCUGUAAACAAGGAGAAAUCAAAGCUGUUGUGAUUGCCACAGGUGUGCAUACCUUCUUUGGUAAAGCUGCUCAUCUAGUAGACAGUAUAAAUCUAGUUGGCCAUUUUCAAAAGGUCUUGUCUGCCAUAGAGAAUUUAUGUAUAUGUUCUAUUGCAAUGGGGAUGUUGAUCGAGAUUAUUAUGAUGUACCCUAUUCAGCGUCGAUCCUACCGUACUGGAAUUGAUAAUCUACUAGUACUGCUUAUAGGUGGAAUUCCCAUUGCAAUGCCCUCUGUCCUAUCUGUGACAAUGACAAUCGGUUCACAUCGUUUGUCUCAGCAGAGUUUCUUCAUAAAAAUGUUGAAUGGAGCUAUUUUUUGUGUUCAUGUAAUUUCCAGAGAAGUAGAUGUAGAUACUGUAAUUUUGUUGUCUACCAGGGCAUCUCAGAUGGAAAAUCAAGAUGCAAUUGACGCUGCUAUUGUAGGGAUACUAGCUGAUCUAAAGGAGGAUGCUAUAGCUAAAGCUAAUCCUGUUGUUAAGGCGGAGAAACUCAACAAGAUCUAG